AUGACAAAUCAUCAAUAUCAAGAUCUUGCUCUACAUGAGAUCCCCGAGGAAGUGACAGCACAUGAUAUCUCCUUGUUUCUGAGGACCAGUGGAAAAUCCAGGAUAAAAAGGAUGUCCCUACAGACUGGCCAGGGAAAGAUACUGAUUCGAACACUUGUUGAAAUGUCAGUUCCAUUGUUCAUUUCAGCAGCAACUGUUUGUCUAUAUGUGGAGUCUAAGCUGGAUCCUGUAAAAGAACUUGCCGAUCUUAUCAAGGAUCAAGCAAAGUAUUCUACAAAAAUGGAUAAAACAUACUUACCGGUGCUCGUGCGGCUACUGGGUGGACGGGAUGAGGAGGACAAAGAUCUCACAUUACAAUAUUUCCAGCGGAUCGUUGGCUCAAUAAUUCUUUUCGCCGAUUCACUUCCUGUGAAUGCGCUUGCAAAAGAUUUCUUGGACUCAAGAAAGGCUUAUUUCAAAUCUAUUGGAUUCAUUUCGAUCGUGGCCGAGAUCAACCAGUUCAAAUCCUUCACCAGUCAUUUCGAGACUUUCUACUGCAAACAGGAAGCCAGUUCUACAUCGACAAAGGCCAGACACAUAAUAAUAUCGCACUUCGAUGUCUUAGUACCAUGCGUGCUAAAGUUGAAAAAAGACAUUUGUAACCUCAAUAAUUAUGGAACGAAAAGAAUGGACAUCGAUGAACGGCUGAUAAAUCAUCAUCUACAGCCUGAGUUGCAAUACUCCUGUCGUUAUUGGGUACGCCAUUUAGAGCAGUGUGUGGUUUCAAGUGAUAUGGCUCAAGAAUGCUUUCCUCCAGCAGCAUUUCCUACACUGGGUGGAAGCAAUGGGUACCUUAGGCCUUGCCUCAAGAAGUGGUCUUGA